GCCGACGGCCGAGGAGAUGGAGCGACGCGCCCGUGACGAGAGCGGCGGCACCGAGCCGCCCUGCCAGCAGUGGACGGUGUCGGCCGACAUCUGCUUCGGCGCCACGGCCGGCGGCGGCGUGCGAGCGACGCACAGUUUCGGGCCGGCCGAGCAGGCGAGGGCGUCCGGCGUCCGGGGGGUGCACAGCUUUCAUCACACGGGCGAUGGCACGCGGCCGGACGUGCACGUCACCUACGGCCCGCACAACUCAGUGCAGCUGCACUGCUCCUGGAGCAGCACACCCAGCCUGCAGCAACAGCAGCAGCCGUCGCCGCCUCGGCAGCAGCAACCACAGCAGCAGCUGCAGCAGUACGGCAGGAGCUCAUCCGACUUUGGCCAGACCCGCUCUCACCCGGCGCGGGGUCCUCCACAGCGGCGACCGCCGUGGAGCAGCGUCUCACCCGACGGCCGAGCUGGAGCUGGUGCCGAGCACGCGCGCUGCCGCAGCAGUUGCAGCAUUGUGUUGGAGCCGGCGGCGUCCGGCAGGGAGCGGCUGGGUGUGCGCCGCUGCUCCAGUAUUCACGGCAAGUCGCCCAGUCCGCGGCCGGCAGACGGAGCGCCGCCAGACACGGCCGCGAACGGCGGCGGAGUUGCGUUACAGGGCGAGCGCGGCAGACAGCAGGAGCUGGGCGCGCGAGUGCCGUCUCAGAAUGGCGAGCAGCCGGUGGCGGGCGCCGUCCUCGACGAGAAACGCAAACGAACGACCUUUCGCGCUGAUGGAGAAUGUGAACAGACCUUCUCCCACUUCCGCGAAGAGCACGAACAAUCGACGUAUGCCCGUCAAGAAUCGGACCGAAGACCUCGACAGGGCGAUGGGCAUGAGCCGAUAAGUCAGCAGAACAUUUUACAGAAAACGCAGAGCAUCCAGCCAGCGACGUCAUCGAGAACUUCGAGACCCGAGCAGCGACGCCAGCGUGUGGAGCCAGAGCCACGCCGCCGGCCCCGGUCCCACUCGCACCAGCGGCCGGCCUCUCCCCGGAGCAGCCGCCGUAGCGAUCAGUCGUCUCGCCACUGGCAGCCAAACGGCGACGCGCUCCGGUACGAACACUACCGGGACGAUGGUGGCGAGGCGAGCAGCUCCGCUUGGGGCGUGCACCGAGCGAAAAGCCUCGCCGAGGGCGAGUCGUCUCCUCACCGGGGCGGUCAGCGGGUCGGCGGCAGGCGCCGCACCUUCUCGGAGCUCAGCGCCGCCUCGGCCGAUCCGCGGGGCGUCCCGUCGCCGGACCGGUUUUCGGAGGCGUCACACUGCACGUGCCGCAGUGCGCGGCACCUCUUCUGCGCCCAGUGCGGCCGGUCCAGGAGCGGUGCAGGCUCGCACGCCGGCUCGCGCGCGGGCGCCAAGAGCAUCCUGGAGCGGUUCUACGAGCACUUUCACCCACACGUGCCGAAGCCGGCCCAGCCGCGAAUGGGCCAGGCGGUGUACAAGAUGAGCCACCCGGUGCGGCCGGCGCCGGCGCCCGCCACGCCGCCCGAGGCCGAGCGGGGCCGGCGGAGGACGUCGCGUCGCUCCAAGCGCGCACCGCACGGCCGCACCGUGCACAUCGACGUCUACUGCACCGGCUCGGAGGCCGACGACAGCGAGAGCGGCGACUCGGGCGGCGCCAGCGGCGGUACCUCCACGCCGCAGACCGUGUUCGAGACGGGCCAGUACCGGGUGGUGCACCGGCGUAUGCGGCGCUCACUGCCGCGCGCCCUCUACCGGCGGCGGCGCACCGCCAGCGAGGAAAGGCCGGGCGCUGCGCGGCGCCGCACCGCCGGCCGCGACGACUCCGACUCGGAAUCGCCGAGUCGCGCCUCGGCCACGCCGCACGACGUCACCGAGUCGGUAGACAUCAGCUGCUGCUCGGCGGCCGAGUCGGGCACCACGUGGCGGGACUCGGACUCAGAGUCGCCAGCACCGGACGUGGCGGUGCCGCCGGCGGACGACGGCAAGACGUGGCGCUCACCAGACGAGGCACGCCGCCAGAGGGCGGGUGGACUGCCGGUGUCUGACAGCUCGCCGUCGCCCGGUCACCAGCCGCCGACCGACUGGUGCGAGCGCAGCGACACCAUCCGAGUCAGGCCGGCCGCCGAGCCUCCAGCACCAGCGCCAGCGCCAGCACCGGCGCCGGCCCCGGAGGCGGCUCCGCCGCCAAACCCAGUGUCGGCUCCAACGCCGGUCGCUGCCGCGAAGGCGUUGCCGCGCGUGCUGGUGACACCCGUGCCGCGGGCCGGACCGGCGGCAGCGCGCGCGCCUACCGGGCUGCCCUCGCUGCCCGAGAUGUUCCAGAGGCUGCUGGUGCCGCUGCGCCGGCCCGGCCACCACGUGGGACCGCCUAAGAACCCGACAUGCUCGUGCAGGAGCUGCGCGGCGCACAGCGAGCAGAGUCGCGCGCGCGGCCGUGCCAUGAGCGAGUCGUUCGUGGAGCGCGAGCGACUGGCGCCGCUGGCAGCUCGCCUGCCGCACACGCUAGACCGGCCCGGCCGGCGCCCGCCGCCGACCUUUGGGACGUUCGCAGAGCUACGGGACCGCAUGGCGGGCUUCGCAGCCGCCGCCGGGGCCGUCGCUCAGCCGCGGCGCGCGCCGAACCCCGACAGACCUCGCGGUGGGGGAGGCGGCGUGGAUGCGCGGCCGCCCGAGUGGGAGAUGACAGGCACAGUCAAGUCCGCUGGAUGCUCAGACAGUGACGGCAGCACUCCUCAACUUCCAUCCAAUUCUGGGAAGACGGCUGGCGGAGGUGAAGUGCAUCAAGUGCGGCCGACCCGGUUGGCGUCUGACGCUGCCAGACGCCGUUCUCCGUCCUCAGACCGGCCGGGAGAAGGAGGCGGAAAUGCGAGCUGCACGGAAGGCAGGCUGCGUGGGACGCCUGCAGGCAUGGCUGCCUCACUCCUCAGCCCCUCCCCAUCAGUCACGACCGUCAGCGGACGCUUGGAGCUCAGGUUGCUGGGGUGCAAGGAUUUGAUGGAGGAACUUCCGGGCUGCCUGGGCCAGGACGCGAGUGAACUACCCACGUCCGGAGAUCGCGCUGAAGGACGCUGCGAGUGGAGAGAACCACCGGACAGGAUACAACUUUGUGAUGUGAUGGCUGUGGUGAAGCUAGACGGCAUCAACGUCGGCCAGACCAGCUGGAGACCUUGCUCCCCGCACUCGUGGGACCACGAGUUCGGCAUAGAUCUGGAUCAUUCCGUGAUGCUGGAGGUGAGUAUAUACUGGCGAGAUUGGCGAGCACUGUGUGCGGUGGGCCUUUUGCCGCUCGAAGAUCUGAUCAGAGAACAGCAGGAGGAGACAACGCUGCAUCUGAAACCCAGAGGACUUCUUUUUGCUAAGAUGAAGCUCCUCAGUCCGGUCGUCAGCCGGCCAAGCCAGCUGCAGCGUCAGCGCAGGAUAUUCAGGCGCCGCGACAGAGUGGUGCUGGACCCGAAUAGGAUGAACAUCACACUAGCCACCUGGGCACGCCCGUUCCGUCCGCGUCCCCCUACCGCUGACAGCGAGGACAGCGGGUCUGCCGCGCCGCGUGAGGACGCACCGGCACCCAGAGACGUGCACCAUUUGCGACCUCUUGCCGGCCUGCCGCCGGAUGUACGCGAGCCAAGCGACCGCUCUGAGCGGGGCGAACUAUCAACGGGGAGCGAGGCAGCCAGGAGCCCCUCACCAUGUAGCGGAAUCGACAGAGGCGGGAGUGACCGAGGCGCCGCUGCCGAGAUGUCCGGGAGCGGACCAGCGCCGACAGCCCGGGCCGGGCAGGUGACGGAGAGGUCCGAGACCACGUCAGCGGCGGCGGUCCGCAUCCGUCAGGUGACGGAGGGGUCCGACGCUACCGAGAGGUUGACGCCGCCGCCGUCCUGGUCGGACGACUGCAGGCAGAGUCAGCCGCUGGUGGACGAGCCAGAUGACGACGAGGGGUCCACGUCGGGAUCUCGGCCUUCAGACUGGAGCGCCGGCCAGCCCCGGAGGAUGCCGGGCAGCCCCCUGCACAGUAUCCCACCUCCCGACCUGACGCUUGACAACUUCAGAACGGUGGCCGUUCUGGGUCGGGGUCACUUCGGCAAGGUGGUCCUCGCCCAGUACCGCACCACGGGCGAGUACUACGCCAUUAAGACGCUGAAGAAGACGGACGUCCUGCAGCGAGACGAGGUGGACGCCCUGCUGGCUGAGAAGCGGAUCUUAGAGCUGGCCACCACAGUCCGGCACCCGUUCCUGGUCAACCUGUUCGGCUGUCUGCAGACGCCGAGUCACGUGUGUUUCGUGAUGGAGUACGCCGCUGGAGGAGACCUGAUGAUGCACAUCCAGGCGGGCAUCUUCAGCGAGUCCCGAGCCGUGUUCUGCGCCGCCUGCGUCCUUCUGGGACUACAGUAUCUACACGAGAACGGCAUCAUCUACAGGGACCUGAAGCUGGACAACCUCCUGCUGGACGCCGACGGCUUCGUCAAACUGGCCGACUUCGGCCUGUGCAAAGAAGGCGUGGGCGCGGGCGGCCGCACGAGCACCUUCUGCGGCACGCCCGAGUUCCUGGCGCCCGAGGUGCUCACCGAGCACACGUACACGCGCGCCGUCGACUGGUGGGGACUCGGCGUGCUCAUCUUCGAGAUGCUGGUGGGCGAGUCGCCAUUCCCCGGCACCGACGAGGAGGAGGUGUUCGCCAGCAUCGUGCACGACGAGCCCAGCUACCCGCGCUUCCUGUCGCUCCGCGCCGUCGCCAUUAUGCGCCGGCUCCUGCGCAAGGAGGCGGGCCGCCGCCUGGGCGCCGGCCGCCGCGGUGCCGGGGACGUGCGUCGGCAGGCCUUCUUCGCCGGCGUGCCGUGGCGCGAGCUGCGCGCCAGGCGCCUCAAGCCGCCGUUCGUGCCCACUGUGCGGAACACGGAGGACGUGUCCAACUUUGAUGCCGAGUUCACGGCGGAGCGUGCUGUGCUGACGCCACCCGGCACCGAGUGGCGGGUCACGGAAGCCCAGCAGCGCCAAUUCGCCGACUUCACCUACACGGCCGACUGGUGCUGAUGAGGGACGGCCGGCGGACAAGGCCCGGCAGGGGUACGAGACGACAGGGGUGCGGUCAGGGGUGCGGGGUGCAGACGACAGGGGUGCGGUCCACCUCACACUACCGGCAAUCAAAAUAAAUGUGAUUAUUUUCACCGAUGCGCGUGGUAGCACAUCGAGCAGCAGCGCGCACUUAUAAAUUGUCGUCACAAGGGCCAUCAGCCUGCUUUUUUGUAUCGCGCUUUGCCAGUGUCAAGAUGAUGGCGCUGAAUUGCAAUGACGCUGAAUACCUGUGUUGAUCGCCUGCGAGACCAACAUGUCGAUCACAGCGGCUAGGUAAUUUGAGAAGCGGGGCAAAAAGGGGCAUUGACAGAGGGACGGGUCGCCUGCUGAAGCGAGUCCCUCUCCACCACCAGCUGUGAUCCGUGUAACCACAGCGGACGGCUUCCAUUGCCUUCUUGCGUGUCAUGCCAGCCUGCGAGGCCGGUCAGAAAAGCAGCUUUUCGGCGCCCCAUGACGGCCGCCGACACUGUGUUGAUAGGUGGGAGCUGUGCCGACACGCGCAGCACGCAUACACUGCAUCCGUUCGCAGGAAUAGACAAAGAUGGGCGGGCUCUGACGCUUUUCUGGUCGGCUGGUGAUAUUUCUGACGCCAACGGAAGCCCGUAUAUCGCUAGUCACCGCUAGAUGUCAGCCGAUGUGACGAUACCGUGUUCAGUCGGAGAAAAUAAACAGACGAU